AUGAAUAAUCGUGGUCGUAUUGGUUUUUUACGUAUUAAUAUUCUUGGUGGUUGUAUUGAUAUUUCACUUAUUAAUAAUCUUGGUUGUAUUUCUUAUAAAAAAUUUCAUGAUUUUCUAUUUAUUAAUGGUUUUGGUAUACUUUUUUCAUUUGUCAAUAAUUUCACUGGUGUUUUUGCAAUAUUAGUUCGUCUUUCAAUCGACAUGUCGAUUAUUAAUAGUUUAAAGAAAAAUGUUUUUUUUAACAUAAAACCACCUAAUGUACCAAAACUAUCAUUUGUUUGGAAUUAUUUUGGCCACUUGCACAAAAAACCACAUGAACCGUUAGAUACUGAACAAGUUUAUUGUAAUAUUUGUCUUGAAAAAUCAAAAAAUGAACAACCUGAUGAUAGUUUUGCUUCAGUUAAAAGCUGA